AUGACAUUUGCCUAUGCAUUUUCGGUGACAGUGAUGGUUGCAGUGGGUUUUGCAUCGAAUAUUUUUUCGAUUGAUACAUUUCGACAUGUACAAUUAAGACAAACUACAGUUGGUAUACAUCUUCUUGUCUAUAGUUGUUGUUCAUUAUUUGGAUUGCUUAUGCUUGAAUGUCGUCUCUUUCAAUUAUUGGAUUCACUUACGUAUAUACCUUUCUUUAUCAUCUGUAAUGUUGUAUCUGGUCUUGCAUCUAUAUUUACUCGAAUUUGUCUUUGGAUAAACGAACUCAUUGCAUUGCAACGAUCACUACAUUCAUUUGAGCAUAUUCCUUUAUUGAACAACAUUCGCUCUCGAGCAGCUGCAUCAAAACAAUUACUUGUCAUAAUAAUUUGUAUAUUCUUGAUGCAUGUACAUGAAUUGAUCUGUCGAGUAACAUUGCCUGAUCCAGUUGCUGAAGGAAAAUUCGUUUGUCAAAUCAAAUAUUCCACAGAAUUAUUAACAUUAAAUACAAUUUUUAUAUUUCUUCAUUUAUUUGUACCAUUUUCAUUGAAUAUCUUAGCUAAUUGUUUGAUUAUGGCAUCGAUUAGUCAUCGACGAGCUACUCUUCAUCAAACAACUUAUUGGUCACAAUGGCUGAAGCAAUUCCGACGUCAUGGUCAUCUAUUUCUCGCAUCCACAUUGGCUAUGAAAGAAUUCAAAUAA